AUGAGAGGAUCAGAGAUAUUGAAGGUUUUUUCUGCUUAUGGUAUGGAAGCUAAGGACUUGUGCCUAGUCCCCCAUGUGGGGCUUCCUUCUAAGUUCAAAGUACCAGACCUACCAAAAUAUAAGGGUUUGAGUUGUCCAAGAAGUCAUGUCAUCAUGUAUUGUAGGAAGAUGGAAUCCUACAUUGACAAUGAUGAUCUUCUUAUCCAUUUCUUCCAAGACAGCUUAUUUGGGGCAUCCUUAGAUUGGUACAUAGGCCUUGAGCGCAGUAAAAUCAGAUCUUGGAAAGACUUGUCUGAAGCCUUUCUCAAGCAAUACAAAUAUAACCUAGACAUGGCUCCCACCAGGUUACAACUACAAAAUCAAUCUUGCAAGCGCAAUAAAACAUUCAAAGAAUAUGCUCAGAGAUGGCGUGAGAUGGCUUCCAGAGUUAAACCUUCACUGACAGACGCUGAAUUGGUUGACAUCUUCAUGGGUACACUCCAAGGUUUGUACUAUGAGAAAAUGGUUGGUAGCUCGUCGUCCAACUUUGCAGACAUGAUGACCAUUGGAGAACGUAUUGAAAAUGAGCUGAAAACUGGAAAGAUUGCUAAUAUUGAUAGUCAGAUAGUGGUCAAGAAAUCUCAGGGUUUUGCUAAGAAGAAAGAGGUCGAGGAAAGCUCCGUAACAACAAAUGUCUAUCCUCAAGUUCAGGUACCUAUGGCUCUCAUGUCAUACUACCCUUAUCCAUACAUUGUCGCUGCUUAA